AUGAAAACUUCAAAAAGAGAUUAUUACCUUUCCUAUUGUUUUGAUAAGAGUAACAUGAUAGAAAUAAUAAAAUAUCCUUAAGAUGAAUGUAAGCAUUUAAAAAUAAAAGGAAAGAAAGAUUCUAUCGUAAUUCUCUUAGAAUUUUCAUGUUAAGAAGAAAUAUUGAUUUCAGGCAAUAGUGAUUAAUCUAUUCGAAUUUGGAAUGUUGAGUAUUAAAUUUAAUUUUAUUGUCUUGAUGGAUUUAAUUAAAGUAUUAGCUCACUAUCAAUAUCUCCAGAUGGAAACAGGUUUGCAGUUGGCUUUGAUGAUGGCACAUUAUCUCUCUUUAAGUUUUUCUAAUAAUAAUAUUCUUUACAAAAGAUGAAAAAUCAAAUUCAACAAUGGGAAAACUUUGAAGAUUAGAUAGAAGGUAAAAAGAAUACAAUCGCUGAAAAUGGUAAAGAGUCAGAAAUAAAAAUAAUUGGAGCAACCCUAUAUAAGAGUUUUUCUAAAUAACCUCUAAUUUAAGCUAAGAAUUGUAAAAUAAAUGUUGAUACAAUUAUUAACGAUAAUUAGGGUUAGUCACUAUUAUAGCUAUUCGAAUAAAAGGGGGCUAUUCCUGAAGAUUUGAAAAAUUGA